AUGGCUAUGCCAAGAGAGUUGCUGAGCGAACAACAAAGACUAGCAGGUGCCUCAAUUUGGGGUCCCAAAUAUCUUGGGUUUGGUUCUUUUGAUGAAUAUUGCACGCCUCGUGUUAUUGAGCCCUUGAAGAAAUUUUCAGCAAGUACAUGCAGCUCUCGUGUUGAUGCAGGAACUACAUCAGUGCAUGCAGAACUUGAGGAAUGUGUCACUAGAUUUGUUGGAAAGCCUGCUGCUGUUGUUUUUGGCAUGGGCUAUGCAACAAACUCGGCUAUCCUUCCAGUCUUGAUUGGAAAGGGAGGGUUGAUAAUAAGUGAUUCUCUGAACCAUAGUUCGAUUGUCAAUGGUGCUCGAGGUUCAGGAGCUACUAUCCGUGUUUUCCAGCAGAACAGUAUUUACAGCAUGGAAGGGGAGAUUUGUCAACUGCCUGAAAUUGUCGCCAUAUGCAAGAAAUAUGAGGCAUAUGUUUACUUGGAUGAAGCUCACAGCAUUGGGGCAAUUGGUAAAACAGGAAAGGGUAUUUGUGAACUCCUGGGAGUUGACACAACUGAUGUAGAUGUAAUGAUGGGAACCUUCACGAAAUCUUUUGGGUCUUGUGGAGGCUAUAUUGCUGGAUCUAAGGAGCUCAUCCAAUAUCUGAAGCAUCAAUGCCCAGGUCACCUUUACGCAACAUCCAUACCAACUCCUUCCGCACAACAAAUUAUAUCUGCCAUUAAAGUUAUUCUGGGAGAGGACGGUUCAAACCGAGGGACACAAAAGCUAGCAAGAAUACGCGAGAACAGCAACUUUUUCCGGGCUGAGCUGCAGAAGAUGGGAUUUGAGGUACUUGGAGACAAUGAUUCCCCAGUUAUGCCAAUAAUGCUUUACAACCCAGCAAAAAUCCCAUCUUUCUCAAGGGAAUGUCUGCGACAAAAUGUGGCGGUGGUGGUUGUUGGUUUCCCAGCUACACCUCUACUACUGGCUAGGGCACGUAUUUGCAUAUCUGCAUCUCAUUCAAGAGAAGAUCUUAUAAGAGCCCUGAAGGUUAUAAGCAAAGUAGGUGACCUUAGUAGAAUCAAAUAUUUCCCGGCCGAGCCGAAGAAGAUAGAACAGACGAAAAAUUACAUCAAGCUGGAUUGA